UUUUGAUUUGUAUUUCGUUCAAUUCAUUAUCUCAACUGGGAAGUCUGGGUUAUGUAGUCCAACAUUCAUACACUCUGGCCCCGCGGAUUCUUUCGGUAUACAGCCCAAUAGGUUAGAACAGCAAGGUCGGUGACCGUAUUACAUCUCUAGCAAAGAGAGAUGUCGUUCUGGAAAUUGCCUGAUGCCUCACAUUGUAUAAAUCUUCGAACCCCCGCAUGAGAGACAUACGAUACUAGCGGUCAAUCAACUGGUGUCUUGUAACUAAUCAUUCUCUUUCACUAUACCAUCAAGAUGUCUCACCUAACUGAGACAAAUGCCAUCUCAGAACAAGACUACCACACUCUAGUUAACGAUUUCAAUGCCACAGAUGACAUCUCUUUGAUAGGGAAUCGUUUAGAUCAACUAUUCGAGAAUGUUGUAAAUACCUUUCCAGAUAACACCGCCCUGAUACACAACGACGCCGAGGUGUCCUACUCAGAGCUCAAUGCAGCUGCAAAUAUUCUGGCAAGGAGCCUUGCGGGUCGAGGUGUAGGAUGUGGUGAUUUGGUCGGCCUAUCGGUGGACCGCUCCAUCGAUCUCGUUGUGGUUAUAGUAGCUGUGCUUAAGCUAGGAGCAGCUUAUGUCCCUAUCGACUCAAAAUUCCCAUCCGAACGCAUCAACCAGAUGGUGGAAGAUGCCAAUCCUAAAUUUAUCCUCAUCACUGGCAGCCCGAGUAAAGGUCUGGAGCGCUGGAAAGACAUAUGCUUGAGCGUCGACCAGGCGAGAGACAGUUCAGUCACUGAUACAACCAACCUUAAAACCGAAAUCCAAAUUCAGAACGUGGCAUAUACUCUUUAUACGUCUGGCUCUACUGGACGCCCCAAAGGAGUCGAGAUUAGCCAUGGAGCCGCUGCCAACUAUCUAGGCUCGCUGCGGAAGCACGAGCCUGGCUGCAAUGAGCACGAUCGACUGCUUGCUAUCACAACCAUAUCCUUCGACAUGUCAGCUCUAGAGUUGCUGUUACCAAUAUUAUCCGGUGCCACAAUGAUCAUUGCAAACACAAGCGCGGUCAGAAACCCACGCGAGCUCAUCGACUUAAUGGAUUGCCAUCAAGUCACCAUCUUGCAAGCCACACCUGCAACGUGGACAAUGCUUUUAGAGUCCGGAUGGGAAGGGAAGCCACGACUUUCCAAAAUCAUAUGUGGUGGCGAGCCACUCUCUCGUCAACUUGCAGAUCGCCUACUUGCAUCAGCCGAUUCAGUGUGGAACGUAUACGGCCCAUGUGAGACGGGUUAUGGAAGCGUUGGAAGGGUCACGGAGGGUGACAUUGUGGUCGGAAACCCAGUGGCCAACGGCCGCAUAUACUUACUGGAUGACAACAUGUCGCCCGUGCCUAUGGGCACUGAGGGUGAAGUAUGGAUCGGCGGUGCCAGUGUGUCGAACGGCUAUCGAAACCAACUCGAGCUCACACAAUCUCGGUUUCUUGAGAACCCCUUUCACGGAGGCAAAUUCUUUCGCACUGGCGACCUGGCAAAGUUCAUAGGACCAGGACAACUUCAGGUAUUGGGGCGCAUAGAUGGAGUAAUUAAGAUUCGAGGUAACCGUAUUGACGUUGGCGACAUCGAGGCAAUUCUUGUCAAUCAUCCCAAAGUCUCCCAGGCUGUUGUCAUCAGUCGUGACGACCGCCUAGUGGCGUACUGUGUGCUCAAUGCGCCAUUAGAUGACCUGACUUCACUGGAGAGCAUUCUGCGACCAUGGGUUGCCGAGCACCUCCCACCAUAUAUGAUGCCGUCAUUCUUCGUGCAAAUGGAUACAUUCCCUGUAUCGCCGAAUGAAAAGAUCGAUCGCAAAGCUCUUCCCGACCCAAUCGAGGUCCUCCAAAGCCAAAACCAGACCCUGACGCAGCCCGCCUCCGAAUUGGAGCAACAAAUACUAGCCAUCUGGUCGGACAUCCUUGGUCACACCAGCAUUGGUACAGAGGACAACUUCUUCAAUAUAGGCGGUGACUCUGUGCGCAUCAUCCGCAUGCAAACAUUAUUGGAGAAACAGUUGGGCAGACACGUGCCAACACCUAAACUGUUUGAGCAUUAUACCAUCAAGGCUUUGGCCGGGUAUCUAGCUGGUAUAGGCAAAGACAGCCAGGAGGAGACAUUUGAUGCAGCAGGCAGUGGCUUUGCUGCAGACAAUGAAGAUAUUGCUGUCAUAUCCAUGGCAUGUCGGCUACCUGGCGGUGUGCAUACGCCAGAGGAUUUCUGGCAGCUGCUGCAGAGCGGUGGCGAGACAGUUACUGAUGUCCCCAAAGAUCGUUGGGAUGCUGAUAAGCUAUAUAAUGAAGACCCUGAUGUCGAGGGGACUUCAUAUUGUCGCCGAGGUGGUUUCCUCGACUCGGUUUACUCGUAUGAUGCUUCCUUCUUUGGAAUCUCACCGCGUGAGGCACAGACCAUGGACCCAACGCAACACCUGUUGAUGGAGUUGUGUUGGGAGGUCUUUGAACGAGCUGGCUAUACGAAGGACCAGCUGAGCGGCUCUACAACAGGUGUCUUCCUUGGCGUUAGCAACAAUGGAACAACGAAUCAUACACCCCCUGAUCUCAAGGGAUACUCAAUUACAGGAAGCGCAAACGCUACCUUGGCUGGUCGGCUCUCGUGGACUCUUGGUCUACAGGGACCAUCUCUAGCCGUCGAUACCGCAUGUUCGGCAUCUCUAGUGGCCACUCACUUGGCCUGCAAUGCUCUGCGCCAAGGCGAAUGUAAUAUGGCCGUGGUAGGAGGUGCAAGUCUUCUACUCAAUCCCGGCAUACAUAUUGAAUUUAGCAGACUCCGCGGUCUCUCACCAGAUGGCCGUUGUAGAGCCUUCUCAGAUGACACGAACGGCACUGGAUUUAGCGAGGGAGCCGCCCUAGUCGUCCUGAAGCGCCUAUCUGAUGCCCAACGGGAUGGGGACAACAUCCAUGCAGUGCUCCGUGGUACUGCGGUGAUGCACGGUGGACAUAGCUCCGGUUUAACGGCGCCUAGCGGCCCGGGGCAGUCGAAACUAAUCCGCACUGCCUUGGCCCGCGUCGCAAUGAAGCCCGGCGAUAUCGACUACAUCGAGGCUCACGGCACUGGCACCAAGCUAGGCGACCCUAUCGAAGGUACCGCACUGGCUGAAGUCUUUGGGCCGGGGCGUUUUAGCUCGGAUCCUUUGCGACUUGGCUCCGCCAAGUCCAACAUCGGACACACACAAGCGGCCGCGGGUCUUGUCGGCUUGUUGAAGGUGAUAAUGUCUAUGAAAAAUAAUUCUCUUCCCAAAACAUUGCAUAUAAGCAAGCCUACUACGGCAGUGAACUGGAAAGAUGCCAACAUCGAAUUGGUGCUAGAAAACCAACCAUGGCUACCUGAUAGUGCCCGAACCCGCCGCGCUGGCGUCAGUGCAUUUGGCAUUGGGGGUACAAACGCCCACAUAAUUGUUGAGGAGCCUCCUAAAAUCGUUAAGAACGAGCCUGAUAGCAUCAAGUUGCCUACAUUCCCAACUGCUCUCCCGGUCGUGCUAUCAGCCAAGAGCGACUCUGCUCUCAGGGCACAGGCUGAGAAAAUUAGGUUGCACAUUGAGAACAGGGUUGAAACGGAUGACCAGCUGAGGGACGUGUCCUAUUCGCUAGCUACAUCUCGAACACACUUUCAUCGACGAUUGGUAGUAACAGCAGGAGACAAGGCACAGAUGCUGGAGAAGUUGGCGUCCGUCAGCUCGGGAUUUAGCGAGCCGCUCGAUGUAACCGGAGCCUGCAAGGCAAGCCUGGGAAUGCUCUUCACGGGACAAGGAAGCCAGCGACCAGGGAUGGGUAAGGAUCUAUACGCUGUCUAUCCAGUAUUCCGCGAAGCGUUAGACGAAAUCGCCGCGCUGUUUACAGAACUGGAGUCGCCUCUUCUCGAUAUCAUGUGGGCCGAGCCAGGAAGCACAAGUGCCGCUUUGUUGAAACGUGCCGAUUUUGCCCAGCCUGCCUUGUUCGCUCUAGAGGCAUCGCUCUGGAGGCUGUGGCAGAGUUGGGGAGUAAAGCCAGCUUUCCUACUCGGGCACAGCGUUGGUGAGUUUGCAGCAGCUUAUGUUGCGGGAAUACUCGCUUUACCCGACGCUUGCCGACUUGUUAUGAUGCGCGGCCGUUUAAUGCAAGCUCUUUCUUGCAAGGGUAAGAUGGCGUCUGUAGGAGCAAACAGCACCGAGGUUACAGCGGCGAUAGAAAGAUUGGGCCAGGGCGAUAAGGUAGAGAUUGCGGGUUACAAUACGCCUUUCCAGACGGUAAUAUCUGGAGAUAUCGAUGCUGUUGAGGCGGUGACACUUGAUUUUGCCGACCGGGGCCACAAGACCAAGACGCUUGAUACUAGCCACGCUUUCCACUCACACCAUAUGACCGGCAUGCUUGAUGGCUUCAUGGCUGUACUGCAAACCGUUACGUUCAGCCCACCCACGAUUCCUAUUAUCAGCAGCUUGACCGGCAAACUGGCUGAGGCAGGUGAGCUUGAACAAGCUGGAUACUGGGUUAAGCAGGCGCGCAACGCUGUCCGCUUCACCGAUGCCUUCCAAGAGCUGGUGAGUCGCGGAGCGAACGUCUUUCUCGAACUUGGACCCAGUCCAGUACUUUGCGGCUUAGGUGCAGCAUGCCUGAUGGACGCUUCUCAGCUGAGCACUGCGCUCUGGCUGCCUUCUCUGAAGUCUGGCGUCAAUGAUACCUCGGUCAUCCUGAAUAGCGUUGCCGAGUUGCACUCGCGACACGUUCCGGUGGACUGGGCGGCAUACUUUGAACCUUUCGGCUGCCAGCGGGUAGAACUACCCACAUAUGCCUUCCAGCGGGAGACUUAUCAGCCUUCCAACGGAGGCACUUGGUUUAGCAGCCCGUCAAAGAGUACAGAUGUGGAUAAAACUACAGAGGGAGUGGACAAAAUGCUAUUCGAUAUGAACUGGCGUCCAGUCACGACAGACAAUACCCGAGCUCAUGGUCUGUGGGGUAUUCUCAGCCCGCCGGAGGAAACGCCUUGGACGGAAGAGGUGAAACAAGCCUUAUGCAGCAUAGGUAUCAGGUUGGUGCCUGUUGCAGGUCCAGAUGAGUCCCACCAGCUUGACGGCCUGUUCUCGCUGUGGGAGUCUGGCGCGGAAGUUGUUCAGACGGCGCAUAACCUCACUGCAAAGGCAUUGGUCCAGCUACAAGAGACCACAAGGGCUGGAUUUGCUGCUCCAGUGGUGUGGAUUACCCGUUGUGCUGUCGGCGCUGCCGCUGGUGACCAGCCUGCCGGAAUCGGGGCCGCACCACUAUGGGGUUUGGCUCGCACCGCUCGUACUGAGUAUCCAGAGUUGCGUCUGCGCAUGAUCGAUCUGGACAAGCAGAUGGACUUAGCUACUCUCGAGUCAGCAUUGAUGCUGGGCGACCAGACGGAGAUCGCUAUACGCCAGGGACAGGCCCUUGUGCCACACAUGGAGCAGGCUACUGCGGUUGCAUCAAACCCAGUUAAGCAGCCAUUGCUGCGAACCGACGGCGCCGUCUUGGUGACGGGUGGGCUUGGUGAUCUUGGAGGCCGGGUAGCCCGCAGGUUGGUGAACUCCCACGGAGUUCGUGACUUGGUUUUGACAUCGCGACGCGGCAUGGAAUCCCCCGGCGCUGACGCAUUUGUGUCUGAACUUGAAAAGUUAGGCGUCAAAGCCACCGUGGUUGGCGGCGACGUCGCAGACUUUGACAGUCUCGGAUCCAUCAUACAACAAAUUACCGCCGAACGACCAUUACGUGGUGUGAUCCACGCAGCUGGUGUAACCGACUCGGGUGUUUUGUCGACCUUGACGCCUGAGAAGUGUGCCACCACUUUCGCUCCAAAAGUAGAUGGCCUAUGGAACCUGCACCAACUCACCAAAGAUUUGGAUUUGGAUGUAUUCAUGAUGUUCUCCUCCAUCUCUGGUGUUCUGGGCUUGCCAGGACUAGCAAAUUAUGCCGCUGCUAACUCCUUCAUCGAUGCGCUCGCAUACCUACGACAUAGUCAGGGCCUACCGGCCACGUCGGUGGCUUAUGGUCUAUGGGCCGGAGAGGGUAUGUCAACCACCCUCAACUCAACAACUCGUGCCCACCUCUCGCAGCUUGGUUUAGGGGCCCUUGAAUCAGAAGCUGGCCUGAAUCUAUUCGAGGAGUCUGUCCGCCGGGGCCGCGAGCUUACUGUAGCUGCUGAUCUUGAUUUGGAGCGUCUCAAGGGCUACUAUGAAGAACAAGGCGGUAUCCCCAGCCUGCUACGUUCUAUGCUCAACCAAACCAAGAUUAAGGAGUCGGCCAAUCGAGCCGCCAGCCUACGUGACAUGUUAGUGGACGCACACCCCGACCAACAUGAUGGCAUUAUGCUGCGUAUGGUCCGACAAACCGUAGGCAAGGCCUUGGGAUACACCAAGGCUGAUGAGGUCGAUGUCAGUCGACCCAUGAAGGAGCUGGGUAUUGACUCCCUGACUGCGGUUUUGAUCCGCAACCAUCUAGCAACAUUAACGUCACUGACACUACCCCCCAACAUUGUCCUUCUUUACUCGAACCUGAAGUCACUUAGCGAGUUCUUGCUAUCCCUGAUACUAGGCGAUAUGGUGAGCGGCACCUCGUCCAGUGCGUCAGAGGCUGAUGUUGAGACGCCGGGCACCACGGCAUCAGUGGCUUCCUAUGUCAACAUGGCAGCAAUCCGAAGGGGAGUCCUUGAUCCCACAUUCCAGUUCAAUAACGUAUCUAAGCAUGCUCCUAGCACCCCGGAGGCUGUUUUCGUGACAGGCUCAACCGGCUUUGUGGGUGCUUUCAUGAUAUACGAGUUUCUCAAAAGGGGCAUCUCUGUGUACUGCCUCGUUCGCGCCGAUGGCCUUGAUCAGGCCCAAGAACGGAUGGUGAAGAUGUUGGAGCAUUACAGUCUCUGGAAGUCCGAGUACGAGCCGCUGCUCAACCCGGUUGUCGGCGAUCUCGCUCAGCCUCUACUUGGUCUCGACGAAGUUGUAUUUGAUGACCUGGCCAACAGAGUUGAUGCCAUCCUUCACUCAGGAGCUCUGGUGGACUGGAUGCGUCCAUUGGAAGAUUAUGUUGGCCCCAACAUUCUUGGCACUCACGAAGUUCUACGUCUUGCCUCUUUAGGCCGGGGCAAGACCGUGCAUUUUAUCUCCACCAUCUCCACCUUGCCCAUUCAUUUGGGCUAUGGGCUCACUGAGCAUGAUGGAGAGUAUGGCUAUGGUACCUCGAAAUACCUGGCUGAGAGAAUGAUCGUGGCAGCCCGUUUCCGUGGUGCUAGGGCGUCGUCUUACCGGUUGCCCUUUGUUGCCGCCUCAGCCACUAAUGGUCAUUUCCGCCUCGACCAAGGUGACUUCUUACACAAUCUUAUCAAUGGAAGCCUGGAUUUGGGUGCCUUUCCUUUGCUCAAAGACGCCGACCUAUCCACCGCGCUGCCGGUUGAUUAUCUAUGCGGUACCAUUGCGAGCAUCAUGACCGAGGCUCAACACCGAAUUGGUGAAGACUACGACUUCGUCAAUCCACACGCACCCACAUUCGACUACUUUUUCAAGGUUAUGGGUGCCGCUAGUGGGGGCAACCCGACUAUUCCCUUUAGCGAGUGGCACCGUCGAGCUCUCGAGUACGCGACAGCCCAUCCAAGGAGCUCACUGGCUCGCAUCACCACUAUCAUCGAUGGCUACACCGAUGAAAAUGCGGGUGCAUUGAUGAAGGGAAAUCCCGUUGGAAAACAUGUUCUUGGGCUGGAUGUUUAUCCCGCUCCAUUGAUUGACGAGGAAUAUAUACACAAAUAUUUGAAUUGUAUUACUGCGGCUAGGGCGAAAAUAGUUAGGUAAAAUAGACUUGGGAAACAUAGAUGAUAAAAUAAAAUUUCAAUAAUAUCUCGACUCGUACGUUAUCCGUGACAAAAGAUCAAUCGAUACCUGAGGGCUCAGGACACUCUGCAUAACGUCCCUGUUGAGUGCUAUCAAAUGGGCAGUAGUAUGUGAGUCAAAGGAGCACGUGCCGACGUUUCCUACAUUGCGCGGGCUAUAUGCAGUAGAGAGACUGUGAC